AUGGCUCACAACCUGCCAAUGGGCGGCAAUGGGGGAGCUCAUACUCAACCCUCAUUGCCCUCUUUGCCCGCACAUCUGCAAUCUGACACGCAUAUAACAGCACAUCUUGCCAGUCGCUUCCAUGUGUCUAUACCUACGGCCCGUCUGUCAUCACACGCACUUGUAUCCUUGAACACGUACACAUCGUCGACCAAGGGUCUGGAUGGCGGCAAAGAGGGUAGCGCCAUGGCUGGCGCUGAAGACAUUGCAGACCGAUCAUUUGUUCGACUCGGUCACCGAUCCGAGAAUCAGAGCAUCAUUUUUCUGGGUGAAUCGGGCUCUGGAAAGACCACGAUCCGAUCCCAUCUCCUGACUGCCCUGCUCAACAAGUCCUCGACUCCUCUCUCAGCCAAGGUCUCCCUCGCUGCUUAUGUUUUCGACACCCUCACCACCACCAAGACUGCAACGACACCGACAGCAUCCAAAGCCGGUCUCUUCUACGAGCUGCAGUAUGAUACAGCAUCCACAACCAGCCCUUUGCUCCUCGGAGGAAAAUUGCUGGACCACAGAUUAGAAAGGAGCAGGAUUGCUGAGGUGCCUACCGGCGAGCGUAACUUCCAUGUUCUUUACUACUUGCUUGCUGGUACGAGUGACGCGGAAAAGUCCCACCUUGGCAUUGACACGCCACGGGAUUCCGCUGGCCAGAGGCGGUGGAAAUACCUGGGCCAUCCCACUCAGCUCAAGGUCGGAAUCAACGAUGCCGAGGGGUUUCAACUCUUCAAGAAUGCCCUGCGCAAGCUGGAAUUCCCGAGGAGUGAGAUCGCCGAAAUUUGUCAGAUCUUGGCCUGUAUCUUGCACAUUGGACAGCUCGAGUUCGAAACUACUGCGGAUACUACCCCCACGGCAGAUGACAGUGGUGGCUUCUCCCACGAAGGUGGACAGACGGUGACCGCCGUUCGAAACAAGGACGUGCUUGGAAUAAUCGCUGCUUUCUUGGGCGUGAGCUCGCAAGAUCUGCAGACAACCAUGGGCUACAAGACCAAGGUGCUUCAUCGGGAAAGAGUCACGGUCAUGUUGGAUCCCCAUGGAGCCCGUGCCAAUGCUGAUGAGCUUGCACGCACACUAUAUUCUCUUUUGGUUGCAUACGUGAUUGAGAACAUCAACCAGAAGAUCUGUGCUCCUGAGGAGGCAAUCUCCAACACAAUUUCGAUCGUCGACUUUCCGGGCUUCUCCCAGCAGACCUCCACUGGCUCUGCGCUCGAUCAGCUGCUCAACAAUGCGGCAGUCGAAUCUCUCUACAACUUCACUCUGCAAAAUUUCUUCGACCGCAAGGCGGAGCAGCUUGACCAAGAGGAGGUUUCUGUCGCAGCCACCAGCUAUUUCGACAACACCGAUGCCGUCAAGUGCUUGCUUAAGCCUGGAAAUGGUUUACUGAGUAUUUUGGAUGACCAAACCCGCCGUCACCGCACUGAUAUGCAAUUCCUUGACAGCUGUCGUAAGCGAUUUGAAGGGAAGAACCCGGCAAUCUCUGUAGGCUCCGCGCAGGCGAAGCUUCCCGGAAGCAACUUCUACACCGAGAACACUGCUGCUACAUUCACUGUCAGACACUUCGCUGGUGAAGUCGAGUACCCUAUCAAGGGUCUCGUGGAAGAGAACGGCGAGGUCAUCUCGGGUGAUCUGAUGAACCUGAUCAACUCCAGCAAGAGCGAAUUUGUCACGCGUCUGUUCGGCCAAGAGGCUCUCCAAACUGUCAUGCACCCGCACGAGAGAACAACCGUCAUGCAGGCCUCUGUCAGCUCAAAGCCCAUGAGACAACCUAGUGUCAUGUCCCGGAAGACCACCAGAACCGCAAGGACCAACCGCAUGCGCCGUCAAGAGUCCAUUGAUGAAUUCGCCAGUGAUGGUGAGGGCAAUGCAGAGAACAGAGGCGGCGAAAGCAAGAAGUCCAACCGCCCGUCCGAGCAGGGUGCAUCCGGCCAAUUCCUUGCCUCCUUGGACAAUGUCAAGCAAUCCAUCACAGCGCCAAACUCGAAUGCAUACUUUGUGUUCUGCUUGAAACCCAAUGACCGCCGCAUCGCAAAUCAGUUUGACAGCAAGUGUGUCCGGACCCAAGUCCAGACUCUGGGUAUUGCUGAGAUCAGCCAGCGUUUGCGUACUGCUGACUUCAGUCUAUUCCUACCGUUCGGUGAAUUCCUUGGGCUUGCCGAUGCCGAAACAAUCCUUGUUGGGAGCGAGCGGGAGAAGGUCGAGAUGGUGGUACAAGACAGGCAAUGGCCUAGUAAUGAGGCUCAAAUUGGAUCCACUGGUAUCUUCCUCAGUGAGAGAUGUUGGAUGGAGGUUGCUCACUUUGGUGAUGGCAUUUCAGCUUCAGGCCGCCACCCGUCGGAGUCAGGAGAUGGUUACAAUGGCUCUCCGCUGAACCCCUUCGAUACUCCAAAGGAGCGGCUGAUGAACUCCAACGGAAACACACCUCAAUACAGAGACAAGGAGCGUAGUGGCUACUUUGGUGAUGACGCCCGCUCCGAGGCAGGUGUUUCCGCAUUUGGCGGUGGCGAUAUGUUCAAGAACCUCGACACCAGGGAGCAGAUGGCUGAGAGGGGCAACGAAAAGUCCCUUGUCGAGGUUGAGGAAUUCAAGGAUAGUCCCAGUCGCAAGAGAUGGGUGUUUGUGACGUAUCUGUUGACCUGGUUCAUCCCAGACUUUCUCAUCCGAUGGUGUGGCAUGCCCCGAAAAGAUGUCCGCAUGGCAUGGAGAGAGAAGCUGGCGAUCAACUUCAUCAUUUGGUUCAGUUGUGCUGUGGCAGUCUUCUUCAUCAUCUUCUUCCCCAUGCUCAUUUGCCCCAAGCAGUACGUGUUCAGUACGGAAGAGCUUUCCUCGUACAACGGCAAGUCGGGUUCGUCUGGCUCUUACGUUGCGAUCCGAGGUCAGGUCUUUGACUUGGACGCUUUCCUGCCUGCUCACUAUCCGCCCUAUAUAUCUGACAAAUCCCUCACUCAGUAUGCUGGAUUGGAUAUCACCUCUCUUUUCCCUGUACAGGUAUCGGCACUUUGCCAAGGUACCACGGGCUCGGUGGAUCCCGCUGUCACGCUUGACUACAAGUCUUCCAACGUCAGCGGUUCUGCCAGCGUUAUCAGCAGCCAAGACUACAACGCACAGUACCACGACUUCCGUUACUCAUCCACUCUGUACCAGCCAGAUUGGUUCUACGAGAAGAUGGUUGAGUUGAAAGCAAGCUACAAGAAAGGAAAUAUUGGUUACUCGGCCGAAUAUGUCGGAACGCUUGCUGGCAAGAGCAAUUAUGUCGCCAUUCUUAACGGUCGUGUCUACGACAUGACCAAGUAUGAAAUGGGCGGCCGUCGCUUAGAAGCACCGGAGGGCGUUGACCCACCAUCAGACAUAAGUCUCACCAAUUUUAUGGAUGAUUCCGUGGUUGAUCUAUUUCGGAAGAAGUCUGGAACCGAUGUGACCAAGCUUUGGGACAUCUUGGCCCUUGACAAGGACCUACGCAAGCGCCAGCAACUGUGCCUGGACAACCUGUUCUAUGUCGGUGAUGUCGACACUAGAAACUCACCCAAAUGCAAGUUCGCCGAGUAUUUGGUCUUGGCAAUUUCUAUCCUGCUUUGCUCCAUCAUCGGUUUCAAAUUCUUUGCGGCUCUUCAAUUUGGAGGCAAGAACAUGCCCGAAAACCUGGACAAGUUCGUCAUGUGUCAGAUUCCUGCCUACACAGAAGACGAAGACUCCCUUCGCCGUGCUAUCGACUCAGCUGCCCGUAUGCAGUACGAUGACAAACGCAAGCUGCUUGUCGUUGUCUGUGACGGUAUGAUUAUCGGACAAGGCAAUGACAGGCCGACACCUCGUAUCGUUCUCGACAUUCUCGGUGUUUCAGAGACCGUGGACCCAGAGCCGCUCAGCUUCGAAUCACUCGGCGAGGGUCUCAAACAGCACAACAUGGGUAAAGUCUACUCUGGUCUAUACGAAGUCCAAGGCCAUAUCGUUCCUUUCCUGGUCGUCGUUAAGGUUGGCAAACCCUCAGAGGUUUCCCGCCCCGGUAACCGUGGAAAGCGAGACUCCCAGAUGAUCAUCAUGCGCUUCCUCAACCGUGUCCACUACAAUCUCGCCAUGAGUCCACUUGAGCUGGAGAUCUAUCACCAGAUCCGCAAUAUCAUUGGAGUCAACCCGACGUUUUACGAGUUCAUGCUGCAGAUCGACGCUGAUACAGUGGUUGCAGCUGACUCUGCUACCCGUUUCGUCUCCGCAUUCCUGGACGACACAAGGCUCAUUGCAUGCUGUGGUGAAACAGCACUGACGAAUGCCAAGUCUUCGUACAUCACCAUGAUUCAAGUGUACGAGUACUACAUUUCUCACAACCUUGCCAAGGCUUUUGAGAGUUUGUUUGGCAGUGUCACUUGUUUGCCCGGUUGUUUCUCCAUGUACCGCAUUCGCGCUGCCGACACCGGAAAGCCGCUCUUCGUCAGCCGAGAGAUUGUGGACGCCUACUCUACCAUUCGUGUCGAUACUUUGCACAUGAAGAAUUUGCUGCAUCUUGGUGAGGAUCGUUUCCUGACCACACUUCUUCUCAAGUUCCACAGCAAGUACAAGACCAAGUACAUCAUGAGAGCUCACGCUUGGACCAUUGCACCCGACUCCUGGCAAGUCUUCCUCUCGCAGCGUCGACGAUGGAUCAACUCCACUGUCCACAACUUGAUGGAACUUAUCCCGAUGGCUCAGCUUUGCGGUUUCUGCUGCUUCAGUAUGCGUUUCAUCGUCUUCGUUGACUUGCUUUCCACGAUCGUGCAGCCGGUUACCGUUGCCUACAUUGCGUACCUUAUUGUUAUGGUCGCUACCAAGGCUACCAUUAUCCCUGUCACGGCAUUCGUCAUGUUGGGUGCCAUCUACGGUCUGCAAGCCAUUAUCUUCAUCUUGCGCCGCAAGUGGGAGAUGAUUGGUUGGAUGAUCCUUUACGUCUUGGCGAUCCCAGUCUUCUCCCUGGGUCUGCCCCUCUACUCUUUCUGGCACAUGGACGACUUCAACUGGGGUAACACCCGUGUCGUCGCCGGUGAGAAGGGUACGAAGGUUGUCAUCUCAGACGAAGGUAAAUUUGACCCUGCUUCCAUCCCCCGCAAGAAGUGGGAGGAGUACCAAGCCGAGCUUUGGGAUGCUCAGACGGCUCGUGAUGAUACUCGGUCCGAGAUCUCGGGCUACAGCUACGCCACCAAGCAGGGUGCUGCUGUCACGGAGUACUAUGCAGGCAGCCACCACGGCUCGACGCACGGUGUCAUCCCGCCAUACGACCUUAAGAACCUCAACCCCGGUGCGCACAUGUCUCGGGUCUCUCUCGCUCCAUCACAGAUGGAUCACCACCGUUUGAGUCAAUUCGGUGGUUCGCAGUUCUUCGGCAACCAAGAAAUGGAGAUGGCCAACCUGGCAGGCCUGCCAAGUGACGACGCCCUCCUUGCCGAGAUUCGCGAGAUUCUGCGGACAGCAGACUUGAUGACUGUCACAAAGAAGGGCAUUAAGCAGGAGUUGGAGAGGCGGUUCAACGUCCCGCUCGAUGCGAGAAGGGCAUAUAUCAACAGUGCUACUGAAGCGUUGCUAUCUGGCCAGUUGUAA